AUGGUGAGAGUCUUGUGUCUUCACGGAAAGCGACAGACGGGGGAAAUUUUUGAGCACCAGCUGAACAAACUUUGCAGGUUUCUCUCUGGUGUUGCCGAGCUUGAGUUUGUAGAUGCCCCAUGCGUUCUCACAGGUGAGAUGGUGACGGGUGACGCGGUGGUCACGCGCUCAUGGUGCGAACCAAAAGACGGCGGCACAAGGGACAGUUACGCGGCGGGAGACGACUUUGUGCGACGCUGCAUGACUUCAGGAGGCAGCUCGUACGAUCUUCUCUUAGGAUUUUCUCAAGGCGCACUCCUUGCGGCUCGCUACGUGAUGCUGCAGAAAAUGAACGGGGAGAGAGAAUACGGACCGCCAGUGAAGGCUGUUAUCAUUGCGGCGUCGCCGGACCCACGCCGUGUCUUCCCGGAGUUUGUGGCAUCAUAUCUUUAUCACAUGCCGCAACAUGACAUCAACAGAACCGGCUUUUUGGGCGCCGUGCCCUCUUUGCACAUCGUUGGGGAGAAGGAUGCCAUCGUCGAUCCGGCGGAGAGUUGCUCCUUUGCGGAGGCAUGUCGACCACAGUCAGAGCUCCUUUUCCACGCCCACGCCCACAGCAUCCCGCAACUGAGGAGUGUUCUUGUUUCCAUAAAGUCUUUUAUUGAGCGCAUCGCUGUCUAUACAGGGGAAAGGGGUGAAACGGAGAAAACAGAGGCGACGCUUGAAAGGGAAAAUGAUGAUGAUGAUGAUGAUGAUAGCGGAUCCCUUGAUGCAGCAUGCGAAGAGGAGAUUGGGUUGGUGACAUCGAUGUAUGGUGAGGAGUGUGUGCAACGCAAUAAGACCCCAGUGGUUUUUUUGCCGCUUCUGCUUGACGGUGUGUCGGAUGAAGCGUCAGACAUGUCACUGUCGGCCCUUAGAAUUUGCAUGACUCUGCCAAGGCGGUAUCCGGCGGAGUUACCCAAGCUGGACGUGGUUGGAGGCCCUGCGACUCAUCACGUUUUCUUUGAGCGCUGGAAGUUGCAGCUGAUUACCAAAACACUCGCGUACCUGCGGGACGAUUUGGGUGUUGGAAACGCCAUGCUUCUUCCUGCGAUGAUGUUUGCAGGCGAACAGGCGGCUAGUGACGUGGCAUUUCUGCGUUCGGUCAUGUCUGCCAAGGCGAGUGC